AACUUUGUGCUCUUUCUUUCUUUCUCCGUCGCUGUUUCCUUUGGCCAUGUUGGCCAUCAAACGACAACCCGUAGACCAAUUUUGUAAUUUUGUAAUUUAAAAUUUUUUUUCCAAUAUUAGCAUCUCUAUUUGUAUGAAUUUGCGAAAAAAACAUUUCUCUAAAAAAAAAUAAUUUUCCCAAAAUUUUUCAUGGCCUGAGACUGUUGGAGACUCGAGAGGAGUGAGAGUUUCUCGUCAUCUUCUUUUUUAAUACAGAAACCCACUGAACACAAAAUUUCUCACACUUUCUCGCUAUCCACUCAUGGACUUGACGACCAAUCUCCACCGGCUUCACCUCCGGUCCUCCUUAUUAACCACCUUCCAACCCCGUCACCGCCCAUUUUCAGCCGCGAAACCCUCCGUCCCACUCAAUUUCCCCAAACAACAGCAACAACAGAGACUCAAAAUCACCAGCCAAGUCUCCACAACCACGCUCGAAAAAUGGCCCGCUGAGACCUCCCAAAACGACAUCGAAUCUUUGUUCUCGAAGGACCCCGAUGAUAACAAUUUUGAUUAUAAGAAGCGCGGGAAUGGCAAACAAUCAAACGGCGCGUCGAGCGUGUCGUCCGGAGUCAAGCUGGAGAACAUAAGCAAGAGUUAUAAGGGCGUGACCGUGUUAAAAAACGUAACUUGGGAGGUUAAAAAGGGGGAAAAAGUAGGAUUAGUGGGUGUAAAUGGGGCGGGGAAGACGACCCAGAUGAGGAUAAUUACGGGUCAAGAAGAACCCGAUUCAGGGAACGUAGUGAGAGCUAAAAGUAAUAUGAAAAUCGCGUUUUUGAGCCAAGAAUUUGAGGUUUCGAUGACGAGAACGGUGAGGGAAGAGUUCAUGAGUGCGUUUAAAGAGGAAAUGGAUAUUGCUGCGCAGUUGGAGAGGGUGCAGAAGGCGAUGGAGGGAGCAGUGGAGGAUAUGGAGUUGAUGGGGAGGCUGUUGGAUGAGUUUGACUUGCUGCAAAGGAGGGCGGGGGAUGUAGACUUGAGUGUGUUGGAUGCAAAAGUGAGUAAGUUGAUGCCGGAGUUGGGAUUUGCGCCGGAGGAUGGAGAUAGGUUGGUUGCUUCGUUUAGUAGUGGGUGGCAAAUGAGAAUGUCGCUUGGGAAGAUUUUGUUGCAGGAUCCAGAUCUGUUGCUUUUAGAUGAGCCUACAAAUCACCUUGACCUUGACACGAUAGAGUGGCUUGAAGGUUAUCUCAGCAAGCAAGAUGUGCCAAUGGUUAUCAUAUCUCAUGACAGAGCUUUUCUUGAUCAGCUUUGUACAAAAAUUGUGGAAACUGAAAUGGGUGUGGCCAGAACAUAUGAGGGAAAUUAUUCUCAGUAUGUCAUGGAAAAGGCGGCUUGGAUUGAAGCUCAGUAUACUGCAUGGGAGAAGCAGCAGAAGGAAAUUGAGCAGACAAAAGACUUAAUAAGCAGGUUAGGUGCAGGGGCGAAUUCUGGGCGUGCUUCUUCUGCUGAAAAGAAGCUGGAGAGGCUUCAGGAAGAGGACCAAAUUGAGAAGCCAUUCCAACGGAAACAAAUGAAAAUUAGGUUCCCAGAGAGAGGAAGAAGUGGAAGAUCUGUUGUCACAAUAAAGAAUCUGGAAUUUGGCUAUGAGGAUAAAAUGUUGUUCAAUAGGGCGAAUCUUACAAUUGAAAGGGGAGAAAAAAUUGCCAUUAUAGGCCCAAAUGGUUGUGGUAAGAGUACUUUGCUGAAAAUGAUAAUGGGUGUAGAGAAGCCAAGUGGAGGUCAAGUGAUAAUUGGAGAGCAUAAUGUCCUACCAAAUUAUUUUGAGCAGAAUCAGGCUGAGGCUCUUGAUUUGGAUAAAACAGUGCUUGAGACAGUGGCAGAAGUGGCAGAGGACUGGAGAAUUGAUGAUAUAAAGGGACUUCUUGGCCGUUGUAAUUUCAAAGCUGAUAUUCUUGACCGAAAAGUUUCCCUUUUGAGUGGUGGGGAGAAGGCACGCCUGGCUCUUUGCAAAUUCAUGGUAAAACCAUCGACUCUUCUUGUUUUGGAUGAACCAACUAAUCACUUGGAUAUACCUUCAAAAGAGAUGCUUGAGGAGGCGAUAAUGGAGUACAAGGGCACAGUCAUCACGGUUUCUCAUGAUCGAUACUUUAUAAAGCAGAUAGUUAAUCGAGUAAUAGAAGUUAAAGACUGCAGUUUACAGGAUUAUGCUGGCGAUUACAAUUAUUAUUUGGAGAAGAACCUUGACGCCAGGGCAAGCGAGCUUGAACGUGAGGCAGAGCUUGAGGACAAGGCUCCUAAAGUCAAGGCUAAAUCUAAGAUGUCAAAGGCCGAGAAAGAAGCGAGGAAGAAACAGAAAAUGCAGGCCUUCCAGGCAGCGAAACAAAAAUCAAAAGGCCAGAAGAAUGCCAAGAGAUGGAAAUGAAUGUAUUUUUCUGCAUAUCAUACAUUUACUGAUGAUCACCAUCCAUUGCUAAAGCUAAUUCAACUGUGCAGAAACAUAGAAGACAAUGCAGCCGGCUAUGAUCAAAUACCUAUUCUUGUGUAUAUAACGUAAACAGGCACACAGAUUUUAGUACAAGAUCAGAGGCUGAAACUGAAAUGUGUAACCAAAAAUCUGUCCCUUGAAAAGUGUAUGCAACGGCAUAAACUCAAGUUCCUGAGUUUCAGAUUUGUUUAGGUUAAGAUUCAUGCUGUAUUCAAGUGAGCACUUUGAACCCA